AUGAAGGCCUUCAAGCUGCCCUGGAGGGUCGGCCCCAGCUCGGCGAAGGACGCCCUAUCCAUAAGUGAGAAAGAACACCAGGACUACCUGCCCACGGCACCCACUCACUUCAACUUCUUCUCCUCGCAACUGGAUUCCUGCGUGGAAGCCUCGACCAUCGAUGGCCUGAAAGCACUCUACAACCCACUUUGCCCCUUGCUGGAGGAUGGAACAUACCCUGGACUGUGGUGGUUGGACGUAACGGCGCCCUCGGAAGACGAUAUCGAGACACUCUCGCGCAUCUUUAACCUCCAUCCGCUCACAACGGAGGACAUCAAAAUUCGGGAGAACCGUGAGAAGAUCGAAGCCUUCGGUCCGUACUACUUCUUGUCCCUCCGACCAGCUCUCCAGGUCGAGACCCACGAGGGAGCACAAACAUCUACUGUCAACGUCUAUGCUGUCGUGUUCCGCAAUGGGGUGCUCAGUUUCUCAAUGGGGGACAAUCCCCAUGUGGGCCAUGUCCGAAACCGUAUCAAAGAACAUCAGAGUCACAUGUCGCUGACCAGUGACUGGAUCUGCUAUGCACUUAUCGACGACAUUGUCGACGGUUUCGCCCCUUUUAUCAACCAGGUAGAGAGCGGAGUGGAAACGAUGGAAGACAGUGUUUCCAUCACCCGGCCGGACGACAUUGGUUUGGCUCUUCAACAAAUCUACAAAUGCCGGAAAGAGGUUCUGCACAUCCGACAAUUGCUGAAUGACAAGACGGACGUGCUUCGGUGCUUCGCCCGCCACUGCGAGGCCUUUGGCGCCUCCUCGUCGCAGGUGACACUAUAUCUCAGCGACAUCCAGGAUCACGUCCUGACUAUGGUAGCGAACUUGGAUGCAGCGGAGCAAAUGCUGUCGCGUGGCCAGUCCAAGUAUCUAAGCCAACUAUCCUUUGACUCCACCCGGAUGCGCAACCAGAUAAUGCACGCGCUGAGUCGGCUGAGUAUGAUUGCGGGAAUCAUCGUUCCUUGCCAGUUCGUGACCGGUCUCUUUGGCAUGAACGUGACUGUUCCAGGGGAGGAUAAGAAUACAUUAGCCGGAUGGUUUAGUAUUCUUGGAAUAAUCCUCGCGCUGAUUCUGCUCUUUCUUUCUAUCGCUCGAAAACUACGCCUUCUCUAA